CGCUUAACUAUGUUUACAUUACAAUAGACGGUUUUAUACCAAUUUGCCAAUAAGCAAGCACACAGAAAGUUUUAAUUUAAAUUUCUCAUUUGUUUUUAAAAAUCUGUUAAAUUGUUUUAAAAAUCUGUUCGUUAGAACACCGUAUUUAGUUAAGUAAGACUUUGUUUUAGCAAGCAAUUAUGGAUUCUGUCUAUCCAUCUACUUCAACAAGCCCUAUUACAUCUACUUCAACAAGCUGUAAAAUUAUCUCAGGAGCCUGCCAUCUUUGCAGCAAAAUAUUUAAAAAUGUGGAAUUACGAAAUCGUCAUAUCAAAAGAAUACAUAAAAUAGAUGUGUCCAAUAAGAAAAUUAAUCACAUUAUUUGUCCCUUAUGUGAACAAGAAACUAAUUUAAAAAGUCAUGAGAACUUACGAAAACAUCUAAAGGUGAACCACCAGCUGAGUAUUGAAUUAAUAACUUUUGAAUUUUCUAGUGAACAAGAAUAUGAGAGAUGGAAAGACAUGCAGAAAAUUGAGACAAAUUAUGCUAAACAAAGAGCAGUUCAUAAAAAGGAGUAUAAGAUAUUUUACUAUGCUUGUAACAGAAGUAACUUAAAUGGAUAUAAGCCCAACUAUAAAAUUAGGACAGAGAAAUCUGGUGGAUCAAUUAAAAUUAAAGGAGUAUGUCCCUCCAGGCUGAUUUGCAAACUGAGAGAUCAAGGACAAGUCUCAGUCAGUUAUUGGAAAACACAUGCUGGACAUACAGAGGAAUUAAGAACCAUGCAUCUGUCAAAAGCACAAGAAAAAAUGGUUGUAGGGAAGUUAAUGUCUGGGGUGCCUCCCAGCAGAAUUUUAGAAGAUUCAAGAAAAUUGGAAACAUCAAAACUAGGAAGACUUGCCUUACUAACAAGUAAAGAUCUCAGAAAUUUGUCCAAUAAGUAUAAUAUACACAAAAAAGAUGAAAAUGAUAUGGUAACAACAACUUUGAUUCAGGAAUUAAAUGCUAACGAUAACAAUUAUGUUUUCUUAUUCGACAACGAAGAUGAUGUUGCAAGGUUUUUGGAAGAAACUUCAAUUAACAAAUCAAGGCAUGAGGAGGAAAUUAACGAGUUUGUUAGAGAGAAGCUCGAACAGACAAAUGAGAUCCAGGAAAAAACCAAUCGAAGUCUGCAAAUGGAAAACUUAAUAGAAAACUUAACAAACUUCAUGGAAGAAUUAGACAACGACAAUUUUACCAAAUUUAUGACAGUCAUUCAAGGAACAAUGCAUAAGGCAAAAGAAGAAUUUCAGGAAAAGGCAAAGCAUAUUACAAAAAAGCGAAAAAUAGAGGACAGAAGUAUUUUCCUUCCAAUAAAAAAAGGAUCUGAGUUAUAUUAAAUGUACUGGGUCCUAGCAAGGUUUAGAGGGUUUUUACAUUUGCUAUUGCAAUAAGUCCCCCUCCUUUGAUUUACCAGAUUUUUAACAAAGAAUAAAAAUAUUUUAUAGCCACUA